UCCGAGCCGCCUCGGCCGUAGCCGCGGCCCGGGCGGGAGGCGGCGGCGGCCGGCGAGGCAAGGCGGCCUGCGCCCUGCCUGUCAGGCCACCGGCCCGGCCCGGCUCGGCCCGCGGACCGCCCCCGAUGCGGAGGCGCUGCCGCCGGGGCCAUGCAGCAGGCACCGCAGCCGUACGAGUUCUUCAGCGAAGAAAACAGUCCGAAAUGGCGGGGGCUGCUAGUCUCGGCCCUGCGGAAGGUUCAGGAGCAAGUACAUCCUAAUCUCUCAGCUAAUGAAGAGUCUCUCUAUUAUAUUGAAGAGCUGAUUUUUCAGCUGCUUAAUAAAUUAUGCAUGGCCCAACCAAGGACUGUUCAAGAUGUGGAGGAACGAGUUCAAAAGACCUUUCCUCAUCCAAUUGAUAAAUGGGCUAUUGCUGAUGCACAAUCUGCCAUAGAGAAACGAAAACGAAGAAAUCCUCUUUUAUUGCCUGUGGACAAAAUCCAUCCUUCAUUGAAGGAAGUCUUAGGGUAUAAAGUGGACUACCAUGUGUCCCUAUAUAUUGUGGCUGUACUAGAGUAUAUCUCAGCUGAUAUUUUGAAAUUGGCUGGUAAUUAUGUUUUUAAUAUCCGACAUUAUGAAAUAUCUCAGCAGGACAUUAAAGUGUCAAUGUGUGCAGAUAAGGUUUUGAUGGACAUGUUUGAUCAGGAUGACAUAGGUUUGGUUUCUCUCUGUGAAGAUGAACCUAGUUCUUCAGGUGAACUAAACUAUUAUGACCUUGUCAGAACUGAAAUUGCAGAAGAAAGACAGUAUCUGCGGGAACUAAAUAUGAUCAUAAAAGUGUUUCGAGAAGCCUUUCUUUCUGACAGAAAGCUGUUUAAACCUUCUGAUAUUGAAAAGAUUUUCAGUAACAUUUCAGAUAUACAUGAAUUGACUGUGAAACUCUUAGGUUUGAUUGAAGACACAGUUGAAAUGACUGAUGAAAGCAGUCCUCAUCCCUUAGCUGGCAGCUGUUUUGAGGAUCUGGCAGAAGAGCAAGCAUUUGAUCCUUAUGAAACAUUAUCACAGGACAUUCUUUCACCAAAAUUUAAUGAACAUUUCAGUAAGUUGAUGGCCAGACCUGCAGUGACUCUACACUUUCAGUCCAUUGCUGAUGGUUUUAAAGAGGCAGUUCGUUACGUCCUUCCACGCCUUAUGCUGGUGCCAGUGUAUCAUUGUUGGCACUAUUUUGAAUUAUUAAAGCAACUGAAGGCAUGUAGUGAAGAGCAAGAAGACAGAGAAUGUUUGAACCAAGCUAUUACUGCUCUCUUGAAUCUCCAAGGUAGUAUGGACCGAAUUUACAAGCAGUAUUCACCUAGACGCCGACCUGGGGAUCCUGUUUGCCCUUUUUAUAAUCGUCAAUUAAGAAGCAAGCAUCUGGCUAUUAAAAAAAUGAAUGAAAUUCAGAAAAACAUAGAUGGAUGGGAAGGCAAAGAUAUUGGACAGUGUUGUAAUGAAUUCAUUAUGGAAGGUCCAUUGACAAGAAUUGGUGCUAAACAUGAACGGCAUAUUUUUCUCUUUGAUGGCUUAAUGAUUAGCUGUAAACCCAAUCAUAGCCAGUCUCGCCUUCCAGGUUGCAGUAGUGCAGAAUACAGAUUAAAAGAAAAAUUUGUCAUGAGGAAAAUACAAAUUUGUGAUAAAGAAGAUACAUGUGAGUGCAAACAUGCUUUUGAAUUAGUAUCCAAAGAUGAAAACAACAUAAUAUUUGCUGCAAAGUCUGCUGAAGAGAAAAAUAAUUGGAUGGCAGCACUUAUUUCUCUUCAUUAUCGUAGUACUCUAGAUCGAAUGCUAGAUUCAGUAUUACUGAAAGAAGAAAAUGAGCAACCACUGAGAUUACCAAGUCCUGAAGUGUAUCGCUUUGUGGUAAAAGACUCUGAGGAAAACAUUGUUUUUGAAGACAACUUGCAGAGUAGAAGUGUAAUCCCCAUUAUUAAAGGAGGAACCGUGGUGAAAUUAAUUGAGAGGUUAACAUAUCAUAUGUAUGCAGAUCCCAAUUUUGUUCGUACUUUUCUUACUACAUAUCGUUCAUUUUGUAAACCACAGGAAUUGCUGAGCUUACUGAUUGAACGAUUUGAAAUUCCAGAGCCAGAACCUACUGAAGCAGAUAAAUUGGCAGUAGAGAAAGGUGAACAGCCAAUCAGUGCAGACCUUAAAAGAUUUCGCAAGGAAUACGUCCAACCAGUACAACUUAGGGUCUUAAAUGUUUUUCGGCACUGGGUUGAACACCAUUUUUAUGACUUUGAAAGAGAUUUGGAGUUGCUUGAAAGACUAGAUUCCUUCAUUUCAAGUGUAAGAGGGAAAACAAUGAAGAAAUGGGUAGAGUCAAUUGCUAAGAUUAUCAAGAGGAAAAAACAAGCUCAGGCAAAUGGAAUAAGCCAUAAUAUUACCUUUGAAAGUCCUCCUCCACCAAUUGAAUGGCAUAUCAGCAGACCAGGACAGUUUGAAACAUUUGAUCUCAUGACACUUCAUCCCAUAGAAAUUGCACGUCAGCUGACACUUUUGGAAUCUGACCUCUACAGGAAAGUUCAACCUUCUGAACUCGUAGGGAGUGUGUGGACCAAAGAAGAUAAAGAAAUAAAUUCACCAAAUUUAUUAAAAAUGAUUCGCCAUACUACAAAUCUCACCCUUUGGUUUGAAAAGUGCAUUGUGGAAGCAGAAAAUUUUGAGGAACGUGUGGCAGUACUAAGUAGAAUUGUAGAAAUUCUGCAAGUUUUUCAAGAUUUGAAUAAUUUCAAUGGUGUACUGGAGAUAGUCAGUGCAGUAAAUUCAGUGUCAGUAUACAGAUUAGAUCAUACAUUUGAGGCAUUGCAGGAAAGAAAAAGGAGAAUUUUGGAUGAAGCUGUGGAAUUAAGUCAAGAUCACUUUAAAAAAUACUUAGUAAAACUUAAGUCAAUCAAUCCACCUUGUGUGCCUUUUUUUGGAAUAUACUUAACAAAUAUUCUGAAGACUGAAGAGGGGAAUAAUGAUUUUUUAAAAAAGAAAGGGAAAGAUUUAAUCAAUUUCAGUAAGAGGAGGAAAGUAGCUGAAAUUACUGGAGAAAUUCAACAGUAUCAGAAUCAACCUUACUGUUUACGGAUAGAACCAGAAAUGAGGAGAUUCUUUGAAAACCUUAACCCCAUGGGAAGUGCUUCUGAAAAGGAAUUUACAGAUUAUUUGUUCAACAAGUCACUAGAAAUUGAACCCCGAAACUGCAAACAGCCACCUCGAUUUCCUAGAAAAUCAACUUUUUCUUUAAAAUCUCCUGGAAUAAGGCCUAAUACAGGCCGACAUGGCUCUACGUCAGGCACUUUGCGAGGUCAUCCAACACCAUUAGAAAGAGAACCAUGUAAAAUAAGCUUUAGCAGGAUUGCUGAAACUGAGGUUGAAUCAACAGUGUCAGCCCCAACCUCUCCAAAUACACCGUCUACUCCACCUGUAUCUGCUUCUUCAGACCUUAGUGUGUUUUUAGAUGUGGAUCUCAACAGUUCCUGUGGCAGCAAUAGCAUCUUUGCUCCAGUCCUCUUGCCACAUUCAAAGUCUUUCUUCAGUUCCUGUGGUAGUUUACAUAAACUAAGUGAAGAGCCACUGAUUCCUCCUCCACUGCCACCUCGAAAAAAGUUUGAUCAUGAUGCUUCAAAUUCCAAGGGAAAUCUGAAAUCUGAUGAUGAUCCCCCAGCUAUUCCACCAAGACAACCUCCCCCUCCAAAGGUAAAACCCAGAGUUCCUGCUCCUACUGGUGCAUUUGAUGCAUCUCUGCACAGUCCACCUCCACCACCACCGAGAGAUCCUCUUCCGGAUACCCCUCCACCAGUUCCCCUUCGGCCUCCAGAACACUUUAUAAACUGUCCAUUUAAUCUUCAGCUGCCUCCACUGGGACAUCUUCACAGAGAUCCAGAUUGGUUCAGAGACAUCAGUACAUGUCCAAAUUCGCCAAAUACUCCUCCUAGCACACCCUCUCCUAGGAUACCACGUCGAUGCUAUGUGCUCAGUUCUAGUCACAAUAAUCUUGCUCAUCCUCAAGCUCCUCCUGUUCCACCAAGGCAGAAUUCAAGCCCUCACCUACCAAAACUGCCACCAAAGACUUACAAACGGGAGCUUUCGCACCCCCCAUCGUAUAGACUGCCUUUGCUGGAAAAUGCAGAAACUCCUCAAUGACUUUAGCCAUAUGUAGUCAUUGACACUGGAAUGGUAUUUGUAAAGGUUUUUUUUUUAAUUUAU